GGCCACACCUACCUGGCACUUGAGGGGUUUACGUGAGGCUCAGCAGGGCUGCCGCAGGGGAAGCUGGGCCAAGAUGGCGUCUGUGAGGAGGGCGCUACCUCGGAGACUGGUGGGCCUGACGUUCCUCCGGGCUGUCAGCACCUCAUCUCUGGGUACAUUCCCAAAGCAGGUGAAAAUUGUGGAAGUUGGACCCCGAGAUGGACUACAGAAUGAAAAGAAUAUCAUACCUACACCCAUGAAAAUCAAGCUGAUAAACAUGCUUUCUGCAGCAGGACUCCCCGUUAUAGAAGCCACCAGCUUUGUGUCACCCAAGUGGGUUCCCCAGAUGGCUGAUCACUCUGAAGUGUUAAUGGGCAUCCAGAAAUUUCCUGGCAUCAACUACCCAGUCCUGACCCCAAAUUUCAAAGGCUACCAGGCAGCGGUUGCUGCUGGAGCCAAGGAAGUAGCCGUCUUUGGAGCUGCCUCCGAGCUGUUCAGCCAAAGGAAUGUCAAUUGCUCCAUAGAAGAGAGUUUGCAGCGGUGUGACGACAUCUUGAAAGCCGCCCGGACAGCCAGCAUUGCUGUGCGGGGGUAUGUUUCCUGUGCACUUGGAUGCCCAUAUGAAGGGAAGAUCUCCCCGGCUAAAGUGGCUGAGGUCACCAAGAAGUUGUACUCAAUGGGCUGCUAUGAGAUCUCCCUGGGGGACACAAUCGGCGUGGGCACCCCUGGGAUCAUGAAGGACAUGCUAUCUGCUGUCAUGCAUGAGGUGCCAGUAUCUUCCCUGGCUGUCCACUGCCAUGAUACCUACGGCCAGGCCCUGGCUAACACCUUGAUGGCCCUGCAGAUGGGAGUGAGUGUCGUGGACUCUUCUGUGUCAGGACUUGGAGGCUGUCCCUAUGCAGAGGGGGCAUCAGGAAACUUGGCCACUGAGGACCUUGUCUACAUGCUGUCUGGCUUGGGCAUUCACACGGGUGUGAACCUCCAGAAGCUCCUGGAAGCUGGGGCCUUUAUCUGUCAAGCCCUGAACAGAAAAACCAGCUCCAAAGUGGCUCAGGCUACCUGUAAAUUUCGUUAUCUUUGCAUUUCAUGCCGGGCUUACUCUGAAGAAAGGAUUUUGGCAGAUAUAAAAAGGUUGGAAAACCUGUGGGUGAGCCUAGAGCGGAGGUGGUCGGUCCCGCCCUCCGCCUGUGGCUCCCGCCGGCCUAACUCCCGGCGCGCUGCACUCCUCCAGCCCGGGGGCGCGGCACCCUCUUGCAGAGGUGCGAUGGCAGAGAAGGUGCUGGUAACAGGUGGGGCAGGCUACAUUGGCAGCCAUACAGUGCUGGAGCUGCUGGAGGCUGGCUACACACCCGUGGUCAUUGACAACUUCCAUAAUGCUAUACGUGGAGAGGGCUCCAUGCCUGAGAGCCUGCGGCGGGUUCAGGAACUGACAGGCCACUCUGUGGAGUUUGAGGAGAUGGACAUCUUGGACCAGGCAGCCCUACAGUGUCUCUUCAAGAAGCACAGCUUUAUGGCGGUCAUCCACUUUGCGGGGCUCAAGGCUGUAGGCGAGUCAAUACAGAAGCCUCUGGAUUAUUACAGAGUUAACCUGACAGGAACCACCCAGCUUCUGGAGAUCAUGAGGGUGCACGGGGUGAAGAACCUGGUGUUCAGCAGCUCAGCCACUGUGUAUGGGAAACCCCAGUACCUGCCCCUGGAUGAAUCCCACCCCACAGGCAGCUGUACCAAUCCCUAUGGAAAGUCCAAGUUUUUCAUUGAGGAAAUGAUCCAGGACCUGUGCCAGGCAGACAAGACCUGGAACGCGGUGUUGCUGCGGUACUUCAACCCCAUAGGCGCCCAUGCCUCGGGCCACAUUGGUGAAGACCCACAGGGCAUCCCCAACAACCUCAUGCCCUAUGUCUCCCAGGUGGCGAUCGGGCGACGAGAGGCACUGAACGUCUUUGGCAAUGACUAUGACACAGAGGACGGCACGGGCAUCCGGGACUACAUCCAUGUCGUGGAUCUGGCCAAGGGCCACAUUGCAGCCUUGAGGAAGCUGAAGGAGCAGUGUGGCUGCCGGAUCUACAACCUGGGCACAGGCACAGGCUAUUCGGUGCUGCAAAUGGUCCAGGCCAUGGAGAAGGCCUCAGGGAAGAAGAUCCCAUACAAGGUGGUGGCACGGCGGGAAGGUGAUGUGGCUGCCUGUUAUGCCAACCCCAGCCUGGCCCUCGAGGAGCUCGGCUGGACUGCAGCCUUAGGGCUCGACAGGAUGUGUGAAGAUCUGUGGCGCUGGCAGAAGCAGAAUCCUUCGGGCUUCAGCUCCCAGGCUUGAAGCCUCCCCUGCUGUGGGCCAGGAAAGGGAAAGAGGACCGCCUGCUCUCCAGCCUCUGUCAGGCCUCAGCGGCUCCCCUACCUCAAACCCCAGCUGGCCCCACUCAGCCCACCAGGCCUGAGGCCAAGGGCCCCAGUGAGUGAGAGGCGCGGGUCUCUAACUCUUCUCUUCCCAGGGCUCUGGGAGCCCACGAGGACCACCAGGAGUGAGCAGGGGAGGCAGGGCUCCGAGACAAAACACCCUCCUCCCAGGCACUAAUUUAUACUGCUAUGAAGGAGCUUCUCUAAGUAUUUAAAAUAAAAAUUUUCUUACACCAGG